CUGUUGCAGGUACCGGAACGGUUAAUGACGAUUGGUGGAGCGGCUUGAACGUAACCGUAAGAUUUGCCCAAUCAACACGUAAUAAUCCUCGAACCGAUGUACGUAUUGUGAAACGCCAUUGGACAAUACCGAGAGCGUCUUGGCCAAUGAGAGAAAAGAGAGAUUUUGGCGCCUUUCUUUGAGCACGAAUUGCAGGACCGUCUCCGCUUCUGCCGCCAUUAUCAUCUUCCUGUCAGCGGAGUCGGUCUCUGAUCAUGUUUCUGUCAGACUUCCGUAAGGAGUUCUAUGAGAUAGUUCUGAACCAGCGUGUACUGCUCCUGGUUGCUUCAGAUGUAGAUGCAUUAUGUGCUUGUAAAAUACUCCAGGCUUUAUUUCAGUGUGAUCAUGUGCAAUAUACUUUAGUUCCAGUGUGUGGCUGGCAAGAACUUGAAACUGCAUUUCUGGAGCAUAAAGAUCAGUUCCAAUACUUUGUUCUGAUAAACUGUGGGGCCAACAUUGACCUGCUGGAAGUCCUUCAACCUGAAGAAGACAUUGUUUUCUUUGUCUGUGACACUCACAGGCCUAUUAACGUAGUAAAUGUUUACAAUGACACACAGAUUAAACUCCUGGUUAAGCAAGAUGAUGACCUUGAAAUUCCUGCCUAUGAUGACAUCUUCAGAGAUGAUGAUGAGGAUUCUGGGAAUGAAAGUGAUGGAUCAGAGCCUUCAGGAAAACGUCAGCGAUUUGAAGAGGAAAUAGUGGAACGGACAAUGAAACGUCGGCAAAGAAGAGAAUGGGAGGCACGCAGGCAGGAAAUUCUUUUUGAUUAUGAGCAAUACGAAUAUCAUGGGACUUCUUCUGCCAUGAUGAUGUUUGACUUGGCAUGGAUAAUGUCCAAAGACUUGAAUGAUAUGUUGUGGUGGGCUAUUGUCGGGCUAACAGAUCAGUGGGUUCAUGACAAAAUCACUCAAAUGAAGUAUGUAACAGACAUUGGAGCCCUGCAGCGUCACGUAUCCCGGCAUAACCAUCGUAAUGGAGAUGAAGAGAACUCCCUUUCAAUCGACUGUAUGAGAAUAGCAUUUGAAUAUGACUUGUGUCUUGCACUCUAUCAACACUGGUCUCUAUAUGAAAGCCUCUGUAACACUUGUUACACUUCUGCUAGCCUCAAGUUGUGGUCAGUGCAAGGCCAGAAGAAACUACAAGAAUUUUUCGCUGAUAUGGGUUUACCUUUGAAGCAAGUAAAACAGAAAUUUCAUUCUAUGGACAUUUCCUUGAAAGAGAACCUACGGGAGAUGAUUGAAGAAUCUGCAAAUAAGUUUGGAAUGAAGGAUUUAAGAGUACAAACUUUCAGCAUCCAUUUUGGUUUUAAAAAUAAAUUCUUGGCCAGCGAUGUAGUGUACGCAGCUGCUUCUUUAAUGGAAAAUAUGGAAAAGGAUGAAAGCGGAACUGAUAAUUUUAUCAAGGCUUUGGAUAGUCUUUCCAGAAGUAACCUGGACAAGCUGCGUCAAGGGCUGGAGCUAGCAAAAAAGCAGCUGUGUUCCAUUCAGAGGACUAUAGCCAGCUGCAUCUGCACCAAUCUCGUAAUUUCACAGGGACCAUUCCUUUACUGCUACCUCAUGGAGGGAACGCCAGAUGUAAAAUUGUUCUCCAGACCAGUAUCCUUGUGCCUGCUUAGUAAAUACUUGCUCAAGUCCUUUAUUUGUUCUACGAGAAACAAGCGCUGCAAACUGUUGCCAAUGGUUAUGGCUGCACCGAUGGAUGUUGAGCAAGGGACAGUGAUCAUGGUGGGGAUUCCACCUCAAACAGAAAGCUCUGACAAAAAGAACUUUUUUGGAAGAGCAUUUGAAAAAGCUGCUGAGAAUACCAGUUCCAGGACUCUACAUAACCAUUUUGAUAUGUCUAUAAUAGAACUGAAAAUGGAAGAUCGCAGUAAAUUUCUGGAUGCACUUGUUUCCCUUUUGUCCUAAUGGUAAAGUGGAGCUGAAGGACAGUUUUAAACAUUUUAUUUAUAAGUGAUUCUACAACAUGUGAUGGUGGCUGUUGAUCCCGUUUUAUUGAUUUUUUUUUGUUCUUUGUAAAUUCUUGAUGCCCUGCAUGUUUCUCUUGUAUAUAUGAAAAUAUGUAAAUAUAAUGUUGUUUUGUCUACCAUGCUCUUGUAUAGGCUUCAUAUAAACUUAUUUUAAUGCAUGUCUAGAUGUAGCUAAAGCAAACUUUUACCAUAUUUUAAUCAAAUAAAUUUUUUAUUUCA